CGACUGACUGAGCUGGGCCUUCGGCCUGGUCCGCCUGCAGGCCCCUCUUUUCUCCUUCCCAGCUUCCAAAGAGCACCACCACUGGAGGGUUGUUUUAUGUCCCCUUUCCUCAAUGUCAGAUGACUCUCAGCCCCUGGCUACUUUGGGUUUUGCUGGUGGUGUUAGGAUCAUUGCUAAGUUUAAUCAUUCUGACUUGUUCCUGAGAUUUUUAAUGGGAAGCAGGCUGUAUGUGUUUUAAAUAGGGCAGCAAAUGAAGGGAGCUCCUUUUCUGAAGAGACUUGGUGGGGGUUCUGGCAGCCUCCUUUCGGCCCCAACGAGAGAGAGCUUUGCUGCUAUCUUAACUGCAAAUCUGGCCUUUUCCAAUUGCAGAGAAGAAUGUCAGAAGCAAAGUUAUAUGGGGUCUUGCCCUUGCAGAUUCUUUCUGGAGGCAGCAAAGGGGAUAUCUGAGAACACAGCUGGCAUGGGUUCUUGUUAGGGCUUUGGUUGACCAUAGGAAUCUCUGCAGUUUUGUUCAUGGCACUGCCUGGCCCAUCUGUUUCCAUUCCCCUUGCCAGCUCCGAUCCCAAAUCUGCUGUUCUUUUGAGGUCAGGCUUUCAGGCCAAACGCUGCUGUGAUGUCCCUGCCCCAAACUUGGAUAUAGCAGUGUAGUACUCUCAGGCAUUUCCAGGUGUGACUGAAACCUUUCAGGUGAUUCUGAAUGAAUCGAUGCAGCUCUGCGCAGGUGUAGCUGGUCAUUCCUAGCCACAGGCUAUUGCUGUAAAGAUAGUGCCCUGUUGUGGAUCCUCCUAGAUAAGUGGCACAGCUGUAUCUUUUGUUUCCUGAGAUGUAAGCAGAUGGUCUCUUUUCUUUAUCUUUGCCAGGGAAUUCAACUGCACGGCAUAGUACUGAAGACUGUUUUGGCACCAGGAAGUGCAACAAUGAAGCUGUUGGAAAACUCCAGUUUUGAAGCCAUCAACUCACAGUUGACAGUGGAAACAGGAGAUGCACACAUUAUUGGCAGGAUUGAGAGCUACUCAUGCAAGAUGGCCGGGGACGACAAGCACCUCUUCAAGCAGUUUUGCCAGGAAGGUCAGCCACAUGUGCUGGAGGCCCUGUCACCACCCCAGACCACGGGCAUCAGCCCUAACCGGCUCAGCAAGAGCCAGAGUGGCGACGAAGAAGGUCCCCUCAGUGACAAGUGCAGCCGCAAGACCCUCUUCUACCUGAUAGCGACCCUCAACGAGUCUUUCCGGCCCGACUACGAUUUCAGCGCUGCCAAGAGCCACGAGUUCAGCCGGGAGCCGAGUCUCAACUGGGUGGUGAACGCCGUGAACUGCAGCCUCUUUUCCGCCGUCCGGGAGGAUUUCACUGCCCUGAAGCCUCACCUGUGGGAUGCAGUGGACCAGGAGAUCUGCCUCUCAGAGUGUGACAUCUACAGCUACAACCCGGAUCUGGAUUCGGAUCCCUUUGGAGAGGAGGGCAGCCUGUGGUCGUUCAACUACUUUUUCUACAACAAGCGUCUGAAGCGGAUCGUCUUCUUCACCUGCCGCUCCAUCAGCGGCUCCACCUAUCCUCACCCCGAAGCUGGAAAUGAGCUGAACAUGGACCUCAGUGAGGAUGACGCAGAGGAGACGCCGGGCAGCUGCGACACAGACGGGGGCAGCAUCGAAGCAGACAAGAGAGAGGUGGUCUGCAUGUGAGUCCUGGGCCGGGGGCUUCUCCCACGAAGGACAACUCUGCCAGCUCUUUCCCUAAACAACUUGGCGUCGUUGCGCUGUUCUGCCUGCCCUGUGGAUGCUGCGUGAGCAGUUGGUGCCUCUGGAUGCCCAGGAUGGUGCCAGCAAGCUCUCUGCCUGCCUGCCUGCCUACCCUGCCUUCAGGGAUACAGUUCUUUUGUGACAGCAGCCCCGUGACCCUCUGUCUCUCCUGCUGUGCCCCGGGGACAGGACCUUUCUGUCCCAACAUGGACGGCGGCUGGGCGGCUAAGGGGAGGCGCAGCCCUCAAACCGGCCAAUGGAGGCGGGCCAGGCCGGCUGCUGCUCCUGACAGCUCCUUUUACACUUUGGAUGCUGGCAUGCGAAAGAAGAAGAAGCUGGAUUAACAGGGGAACAGGAAGGGGAGGCCCUCUCCUCCCCCCUUUAAAGCGCCCCCAGGACAUUCGGCAUCAAGUAGCUGACCUCUGGACUGGCCGAAGGGAGGGUUCUGGCAUUUGGGCGCUGUGGCUCCCUUGUUUUCCCAAGGGCUCCUAGAGAUUUUAUUUUUGUAUUCCUGCCAAGCGUCUGCUUGCGCCUGCUUGAGCCUGCGUCCCUCCCCAGCGCCUUCACUGGCUGCAGCAGCAGCCUUCCCCUCCCCUCCCCAGAUGUUGAUGGAGGCUGGCUUUCUUCCCACCGCACUUGGGGCCCAUAGGAGCACCCAGCACCCCUCUCUGCUGAAGUGGGCCAGGGCCAGCUCGCGCUCUGUCCGUCCGGCUGGCCUUCCAUCUGAGCAGCAGGCUUCCUCCCCUUCUGCUGCUGUGUUCCCCUAUUCUUUUGCACUGACUCAAGAUUCCAGCCUGUGUGUGUGUGUCUUUUGCGGGACUGGGGAGGUGCCAUCUCCCCCCCCCCCCCCGCAGACCUUUGGACUGCCUGCCCAUCCCACUGGAGCCAGCACUGCUCAAGCAAUCAGGGAGGGCGGAAAGCAGUGGUUUCGAAUGGGGUGGAGGGUAAAGUAGAUGGGGGUAUCUGUCCUCCAAGGCACUCCCGACCACCGAGCCUUGGGCUGGACCCUCCAACUCUCCCCGCUGCGGGA